CACACACAGUCGGCACACAAGUAUACUAUUGUUUUUCAACGCUUGGCAGUGCUCCACCGGCCCGAAGAUUAAGGGCGAGAUGCAUUCAGCAACGCCACAGGACCUGCCAUUUCGUUCCUUUGCAAUCUGCCACCUUUGCCUGGAAGCUCUAAAUCCUGAUUGACUCGUGACUCGCUGCGUCGUCACGAUCGAUUGGGAUGAAGUUUUGGUCACGUUCUACCACUCGAUAGUCGUAAAAGGUGCGCAAGUGCACAGGAUUUGGAUCCCAUCCAUCGUUGAUAUUCAAACAAUCGAGCUGAGUCGUGCAUAAUGUCAUUUACCGAACCGUCAAGCUUUUCCGACAACGGCAUCUCCCAACAUCCCACCAUGAAACUAAGCUCAUCAAUCGAAGCGCCUCUCCCUGUUAAGGUCGAAGAUUUCCAACGUCUGGUCGAAACCUAUCAAACGUUCGCACCAAUAGAUUCACAGACAUUCAUUCUGCCAGUUGUUCAUCUCGCCUGGCUGGUGGCUGUUCGAAGCUAUGCGGGAGAAAAUACUUUCUACGUCACCGGCGACUAUGCCACUGGUUGCUGCAGCGUAUAUGGCACCAGAAUCAAAGGCUCUAGUGCUAUCGAAUUGAACGCGGAUGAUUCGGUAGAGAGCGUCUUGAAACAGCUGUUUACGGCCAUGUCUCCGAAGAAGCCUAGCAACACCUGCAAUGGAACGAGUCUGGGCCGUCCAGAGUACAAUGCCUCGAUCACCUACGGCAGCAGCGGAAAGGAUGAAGCUGUAGUGAAUCUAUCAUCGACAAAUCUUCACUUGAGCAUCGGGCCUUCCACGGACGAGGAGUGGCGUAUUCGUCUGGACUGGAAUGAGGGCUCCAUCUGUUCAACAAUCGCACAAAACCUCUUCCACAGCGUUAAAGAAGCUCUUGUUUCCAUCGCCACCUCCAUCACUCAGCCCCUCGAGCUCGUCAACAUCUGCUCGCCGCACCACCACGCCCAAAUUGCGCAGUUCACCAAGCACGUUUCGCCUUUCAACAACACCCUCCUGCACGACAUGUGUCUUCAACAUGCCAGAACAGCACCGAACGCACCAGCCGUCGUCUCAUGGGACGGCGAUCUCACAUACGCGGAGCUCGACGACCUAACCUCGCGCCUGGCGUGCUAUCUCGUCGAACACGGUGUGCGACGCGGGAGCUUUGUCGUCUCCUGCUUUGCGAAAUCAACCUGGGCGAUUGUGAGCCGGCUUGCCAUCCUCAAGGCCGGGGGUGCUUAUAUUUCUAUUGACGCGAGGGACCCGCCCGCCUACCUGCAGUCUAUUAUUCGCAGAGCCAGCGUCGCCAUUAUGCUUACCUCUCCGGAAUAUGUCGAGCGGUUUAGGAGCACAGUUGAUCAUAUAGUAGAGGUUACACGUGCAUCUCUCAACUCCCUACCCGUUCAAGCGACGCCAGCCUGCGCGGGAAUCCGCCCAGAAGACCCGUGCCUCAUCCUCUUCACAUCCGGAAGCACAGGAACACCGAAGGGAAUUAUCCAGGAACACCGGUCUUACGCGACCUCGAUAGCAGAUUACAUCCAGAAGAUCGGAUUGGAUUCGACAAGCCGCGUCUUCCAAUUCGACGACUACGCGUUCGACAUCAGCAACAACGACUAUCUCGCCACCCUGGCCGCCGGCGGCGUCUGUUGUGUGCCCACCUCCGUAACGCCCAUCGCGGCGCUCCGCGAGAAUAUCAACGCCUUAAAAGCGAAUAUGAGUUUCCUAACCCCGACAGUCAUAGCGCAGCUGAAGCCGGCCGAUGUACCCAGUUUACGGACGGUAUGCAUGGGCGGGGAACCGCCAUCGCGGGAUAUAAUAGCCCAAUGGGGUGGUGAUUCUGGGGCGCGGCUGAUCAACCAAUAUGGCAUGGGCGAGGCAGCGACGUUCUGCGCGCUCAAUGGGAGCCCGGACGCUACACGGCCGAAUAUCGUUGGUCGGGCAGGCUGCGGCGCGAUCUGGAUCACAAACCCCGCGGACCCCGCGCAGCUCGCUCCCGUCGGUGCAGUCGGCGAGAUACUUAUUGAGGGCCCGCAUCUGGCGCGCGGAUAUCUUGAUGGCGUUGCCGUCCGUCCGGACGUGGGAUUCCUGGCACAGCCACCGGCGUGGAUGGGCGUGAUUCAUGGAGAGAGUCGAGCGCGGACUAGCCGAGUUUAUCGCUCGGGAGACCUGGGUCGAUAUCUUACUGAUGGCACAGUAGAGUAUCUAGGCCGCAAGGACGCGAUGCUCAAGCUCAAUGGGUAUAGGGUGAAUGCCGUUGAGGUGGAGUGUGUUCUGCGGCGGUGUCUGGUCUCUGACAGCGAUGCGGUGGUCGUCGAUAUACUGGGGCGGAUGAGGGCGGACGAGGAGCCGGUGCUUGCGGCGUUUGUGUAUGUUGCUGGCGAGGCCCUGGAAAAGGGGGAGCAAGUCGGGGAUCUGUGCAUACAGAGCGUGUCUGCGGAUGAUGCGGUCUACCCACUCGUGCAGCGUAUGAGAGACCUGGUCGCCGGCAGUCUUCCAACGCAUAUGAUGCCAUCGGUUUUCCUCCAGGUUGACCGGGUUCCGCGUACCAAAUCCAACAAGACGGAUCGCCGACGGCUUCAUAUGUAUGGGCAGGAGUUCUAUGUGAAUCGAAUUAGCCCUUGAUGAUAUGGUUGAUGUCUCAGACAGCAGGCAGAACGGUGUUGCUAAGGAGCUAACAGAGUCUCUGGUGUAUGGCGACGGAGAAUCUUAAAUGAUUACUGAUACUCGUGCCAUCACUGGUAUGUACAUAACAUCUACAUCCAUAUAAAAAGCACACGGUAGACCCGGGAUCAGCCUCAGGCCCUGCCAAGCUGGUGGCGCCAACUAACGCAACUAGACUUAUUAAACACCAGGCACCAGGCCGACAUGUGAUUUUUUCACUGCCUGUCCUGCCUCCUAAUUCUACCUCUUUCGUUCCCUUCAUCGCUCCGUAAGUCCACCAUCACCACCAUGACCACAAUGCAAGAAUCCUGGUACUCUCUCCCCUGCGAUGGGCGCGCCAGCGACAUCCAAGUCGUCCCAGACAACCUCCCCGGCUACGUGGUCGUCACGCCCCCCAUCAACAACGCCGGCGCCGAGCGCUUCCGCGCCUGCUGCUGGGGCGAAGUCUACAACGUCACGGGCCCCACAGAC